GCGAAGUUGAGACGGUGAUGGUCUUGAACACUCUACCGAAUUUCGCACUGAAAACCCAGAUGCGAUGUGACAUGUUCCAUUAGUUAUUCCUAAACCAUGACAUCUGAGACGGCGGAGGAGAGCUCACCGCAGCUGACCUUUGAGGGCCGUCUCAAGCUCUCAAACUUCGUGUUCAACGGAUCCUCCACCUCAACCACCAUCAGCACAGUCACAACCUCAAACACAACUUCACGCGCCAAACGCCCCCGCCAAAAAUCCGGCUAUGCCCCUCCGUCGACAUACGCCCACUUGCCUUUGCUGCCGGACGCCAUCGCGCCGAACCUGCUGAUCCUCUUCAUCGGGCUGAACCCGGGGAUCCAGACGGCGCGGACGGGCCACGCCUAUGCGCACCCGACCAACCUCUUUUGGCGGCUGCUGUACUCGUCCGGCAUCACCCCGCGGCUGUGCUCGCCGACCGAGGACCGGGCCAUGCCGGCCCUUUACGGGCUGGGGCUGACCAACAUCGUGUCACGGCCAAGCCGCAACGGGGCCGAGCUGAGCAGCGCCGAGAUGGACGCCGGCGUCGACAUCCUCGAGGCCAAGGUUGCUCGCUGGCGACCCGAGGUCGUUUGCGUCGUCGGCAAGACCAUUUGGGAGAGUUUGUGGCGCGUCAGGCACGGCAGGGCCAUCAGGCCGAGCGAGUUCCGCUAUGGUUGGCAGCCGGAAGAGGAGAACAUGGGCUUGCCGCGUGCAGGGGGUGGGUCACUGAAGGAGCAGGACAAGGUGGAAGGUGUAGAUUACAGUGGGGAUUGGAAGGGAGCCAGGAUCUUUGUUGCGACCAGCACGAGCGGACUGGCCGCGACCUUGAAGCCGAAGGAGAAAGAGGAGAUCUGGAAGGAGUUGGGGGAUUGGGCCGUCAAGAGGAGGGCUGAGCGAGCAGCAGCGGCAGCAACUGCCAAUGUCACCGUCCCUGCCACGACCGUGGGAGAGGUUUGAGGACGGACCGAAGGAAGUUCGGUUUUCGUAGUGUGCGCUUCAGACCAGAAUUUCUUCAGAGCUUCACUUGUAUGUAAGGUAGGUUUAGUCAUACAUCCAUGAUCUCAUUGAUUAUCUAUCGCUGCUCUCUAGAAACCGCUUAACCAACCCGAAGAGCGGA